CAAUACAGCCCCCUGCUGAAAGCCUUCACCUCCCAGGGUCUGUCGGAGCUCAGCCUUCUGCUGAAGAUCCAGGAAUACUGCUAUGACAAUAUCCACUUCAUGAAGGCCUUUCAGAAGAUUGUGGUGCUCCUCUACAAAGCUGAUGUUUUGAGCGAAGAAGCCAUAUUGAAGUGGUACACUGAAGCUCACCUUGCCAAAGGGAAGAGUGUUUUCCUUGAGCAAAUGAAGAAAUUUGUUGAGUGGCUUAAAAAUGCAGAGGAAGAAUCAGAAUCGGACGAAGACGAGGCAGACUGAACCUCCUUUCUUUUUUUUUCUUUCUGUCUUCGUAGAAGCAGGAGCAGUAGAAUGUCUCAAACCUUCCUCCUCUACCUCCUGUUUCUUAUUGAUCUCCCCCACAAACACCAACCACUGACACAUUAAAGCAGUGUUUGAAUAAAACCAAGAAGGGCUCUGACCUUUGCAGCUCUUCAGAAACAAUUAAUUUUUCUACUUAUUUUUAAAUCUCCAACCCCAUCUAUAAUUUGGAUCAAAGCAUUCCUCACGAUCAGUCUGUACCUGAAGCAGGUUUAUAUUUAAUUUCAUGCCGUGUGAAUUCAAGACCACUGAAAAAAAUUCACGGUUUUGCCAAAGUUUAAAAAACAAACAUACAGUUCACCUCUACUUUAAAUAUUUUUGACUUUGUUUUAUUGGCUCUCUUCUGUCUAAAACAUUUUUUCUUCCAGGUCAUGUCCUACCCAUCUGAUCAGUCUGUCAAAAAAAAAAAAAAAAAAACACGCCAAUGCCCCAGAAAGAUGCAUCGCCAGCCACCCAAAUAUUAAUGGUUUUCACUUUAAUCUGAUGUAAACCAAGUUGGAUUUUUAUUAAAUAAAGAUUAUUGAAAUGUU